AUGGCAACGUUAAAUGAAAAAAAGACCUGCAGCGAGCGGAUGGAAAAUUUCCGUCGUUUUGUCUGGAAUCCAGAAACGAAGCUCUUUAUGGGAAGGACCUUAAUUAACUGGGUGUGGAUCAGCCUAUACUACCUGGCUUUCUAUGUGGUGAUGUCGGGGUUGUUCGCGCUCUCCAUUUAUUCUUUAAUGAGGACAGUGAAUCCGUACGAGCCGGAUUACCAAGACCAGCUGAAAUCCCCAGGUGUAACGUUACGGCCCGACGUUUAUGGGGACAGAGGACUACAAAUUUAUUACAACAUGUCCGACAACAAAACCUGGGAAGGUUUAGUGACAACUCUUCAGACUUUUCUGACAGCAUACACACCAGCUGCGCAGCGUCCGAACAUCAACUGCACCGGCGACACAUACUUCAUUCAGGACACCUUUGAUGGCCCCAAUAAAACAAAACUAUCCUGCAAAUUUACCUCAGAUAUGCUUCAGAACUGCUCUGGCAUCACGGAUCCUACUUUUGGAUUUCCAGAAGGAAAACCCUGCUUUAUUAUAAAAAUGAACAGGAUUAUCAAAUUUUUCCCUGGCAACGGCACCGCACCAAGAGUGGACUGCACAUACGUGGUAAGCGCAUGAGACGCGUCUCGCCCGCUGGAGGUGGACUACUACCCCGUGAACGGUACCUUCAACCUGCACUACUUCCCCUACUACGGGAAAAAGUCACAGCCCAGCUACAGCAAUCCUUUGGUAGCUGUGAAAUUUCUCAACCUUACGAGGAACGUAGAACUGAAAAUAGUGUGCAAAAUCAUUGGAGCUGGAAUUACGUUUGAUAACGUUCAUGAUCCGUACGAAGGUAAAGUGGAAUUUAAAUUGAAAAUAGAAGACUGA